UGACAGUUCCACACCGUUACCGAAACUGCCAACACAGAUUAAGUGCAGUGGGUAGACCGGCGGCAUGACUGAGGAGAAAUGCCCUCAGCUGGUGGAUUACUUUGUGGUGGCUGGGCUGGCGGGAGGAUCAGCUCCUCUGGACGAGGAGGGCCAGCAGAGAGGGGGCCGCUCCGUGGAGCCCGUGACGGACCUGGCGGUGAUCGCAAAGGGCCUGGGUGAGGAGGUGCCCGAAGGGUUCACCUGCAUCGAGAAGACCCAGGGAGGACACCCAGCGGAGCUCAGCGCCGGCCUCAUUAACAACCCACACAUGUUCCUCUGCUACAGGAGAGGACAUGACAAGCCACCCAUCGUUGAGCUGGGAGUUCUGUAUGAGGGGAAAGAGCCCGUGAAACCUGGCUGGUAUGUGAUUGAGACGACCCCAUACAGUCGCUCAGCCAGCCUUAGCUCUGGAGGUCCCACCACACACAGGACCUUCCUAAUGUAUCGCCGGGCCCCUGACUCCCAGGCUCUCAACACCCUCGGCGUCACAGACAUCUCUCUCCUCCUGCCCAGCAAAGGAGAGGUGGCACCUCACACCUUCUGCAGAGUGGACAAGAACCUCAACACCGGCAUGUGGGGUCCAGCCCUCUACCUGUGCUAUAAACGAGCGGUAGCCAAAGCCAACGCACUGGUCUAUGAAGCAGGUCUCAUAAGCCGAUACCCAGAGGAGGAUCUGGAGUCUUUCCCCCUGCCGGACUCUGUCGCUGUCUUCUGCCUGCCCAUGGGCGUGACUGUGGAGAGUUGGCCCCUCAACACAAAAUACCAACUGCCUGUCUUCUCUACCUUCGUCUUCACCAGCGCUGCCGGAGAGAAGGUGUACGGAGCUGCCAUCCAGUUCUAUGAGGCGUUUCCACGCGAGGCUCUGUCCGAGAGACAGAGCGUACGCCUGGGUCUGGUGAGCGUGGUGGAUCGCCGACCCAUCACCAGUCGCACGCUGCAGGUGAAGAAGAGCAUCUGUGUCCUUUCCCACUGGCCGUUUUUUACUGUCUUCCAGAAAUUUCUCACCUUCAUCUACCGCUACUCCAUCUCCGGCCCGCACGUUCUUCCUAUUGAAAAACACAUAUCCAGCUUCAUGCACAAUGUUCCCUUCCCCUCACCUCAGCGCCCACGUAUACUUGUGCAGCUGUCGCCGUAUGACAACCUUUUGCUGUACCAACCAGUCUCUUCUCCAUUACCUCUAAGCGGGGCCAGUUUUGUGAAACUCCUGCAGAACCUGGGCCCUGAGAAUGCUGCCACCCUGCUCCUAGCCGUGUUGACUGAACACAAGCUGCUGCUCCAUUCGCUCCGCCCCGAUGUCCUCACCUCUGUCAGUGAGGCCCUGGUGUCUAUGACUUUUCCGUUGCGUUGGCACUGUCCCUACAUCCCGCUGUGUCCACUGCGCCUGGUGGAUGUGCUUUCUGCCCCCAUGCCCUUCAUCGUGGGCGUCCACUCCAGUUACUUUGACCUGUACGACCCUCCUUCGGAUGUGGUGUGUGUCGAUCUGGACACCAACACAAUAUUCCAAUCGGAGGACAAAAAGCCUUUGUCGUGGAGGUCUCUACCCAGAAAACAUGGCAAAGUUUUGUUAAAUUCUCUCAGCAACUUGAACAAGACUCUGGAAAAGAUCUACAUGCCGGGGCAAGAGGAGGCCACGCUGGAGUUCCUGCUGACUGACUACGAUCUGAUCUACGGACGUCAGAAGCAGCUGGAGCUGGAGAUCCAGGAGGCCUUCCUGCGUUUCAUGAGCUGUCUGCUGAAGGGCUAUCGCACAUACCUGCUGCCUAUCACACAGGCCCCUUCUGACAGGACCACCGACUGCAGCUCCCUCUUCAACCUGCAGGGAUUCCUGAAGUCUCGAGAUCGUACUCAGCAGAAAUUUUAUGGCCAGCUGACCAGGACUCAGAUGUUCACCCAGUUUAUUGAGGAGUGUUCUUUUGUCAGUGAUAGGCAUGCCUCACUCGAGUUCUUCGAUGAAUGCGUUCAGAAGGUGGAUGUAGAGAAACCAGAGGAGGUGCGUCUCAUUGACCUGGAUGAGACUCACAGUGGGGAGCACACAGUCUUCAUUAUGCCACCUGAGGAGCCCCAGGAGGCCGACGGCUCCGAGUGCCCCGCCCACUACAGCUAUGAGACCUUCCCCAUACUGCAGCCUGAUCUGUUUGACAGACCUCAGGACCAGCUGCGUGUCCCAGCGAAAGGAAGUGCUCCCAGUAGCCCCGCCCCCCGCCGCACAAAGCAGGAGAUAAAGCUGGCACAGAAGCGAGCCCAGAAGUACUCCUCUGUCCCAGACAUGUGGUCCAAGUGUCUGCUGGGUCAUUGCUACGGACUGUGGUUUAUCUACCUGCCCACGUUCGUCCGCGCGGAGAGCACCAAGGUGCGUGCCCUGCACACGGCCUACGAGGUUCUGAAGCACAUGGAGACACGGAAGGUCAUGCUUCCCGAUGAGGUAUGUUACCGCAUUCUGAUGCAGCUCUGUGGACAGUACGGACAGCCCGUGCUGGCAGUGCGCGUUCUCCUGGAGAUGAAGAGAGCAGGCAUAACACCAAACACCAUCACCUACGGUUACUACAAUAAGGCAGUACUGGAGAGCAAGUGGCCUUCCACCAAUCAGGGAGGCCGGCUGCUGUGGGCGAAGCUACGUAAUGUGUUGUUAGCCGUGGCUCAGUUCAGACAGCCUCUGAAAAGAAGACAGAAGAGUGACUCCGUCAGCUCAAGACCAGGGGACGCCGUAUCUAAACUUCGACCCCAUUCGGCUCUUGUUCGCCAGGCCAGUUGGACCGGCUUGAGCGAAAGCUCCAGUCAUGAAUCUCUGACUGGUCUAAUAGUGAAAAGUAACAGCAUGAGCACCAUGCGAGCCUCAGUUGACAAAUCAAAACUGUCCAGAAGGGCAGAAGUACACAAUGCUGGCACUGACUCCUCCGCCUCCCGCAAACCUCCCGUCGGUCCUCGCGACAGCUCUACGCCUCCUCCCUUUCCUUCGUCGGGUGUCCUGGUGCGUCGUAGUCAGGUGUGUCUGUCCACCUUCUACAAGGACUGUGCCGAGACAGCAGAUCCUGAGCCAGACUGUAAGUGCCAGCCCAGCGAGAGAGAUGGCAGGCUGGCGGAAACCAGGGAGACACUGAGCAGGAAAGCAGUGGAUGAGAACUACAAUAAUGUCUCAUCUCCCAGCCGGGGUUUGGCAGGGAAACUGCAGCUGCUGCUGACGCCCACCCGUCACCGAGCGUCUGUGCGGCGGGCUGCCAGCGUGGACGACCGCAGGCCGGGGGGGGUCCGUGGAGGCAGCCGGCGGGUGUCUGAGCAGAGACAGUCCCGUAAAUCACAGGUGACAGAGACCCUGCUCAAGGCCAGAGAGCGGCUCUAUAACGCUACAUCAGAGAGUUCAUUGUCAGUUGGGAGUGAUGUCGAUUUGACAGAUCCUCCUAAUUUGGCUUACUCUAUCAGGAAGUCAUGGGACUCCACACAGGAAGGGGUGGGCCUUGAGGUGCUGAUGUCCAGUUGCUCGCUGUGUCGGAGUUGUAAUUCCCUGGUCUAUGAUGAAGAGAUCAUGGCAGGAUGGACGUCAGAUGACUCUAACCUCAACACUAGCUGUCCGUUCUGCAACGCUACGUUUGUGCCUCUCCUCAACGCUGAGAUCUGUGACCUGGGUCCAGUCUGCAGUCUGGAGCGCAGUAACUGGAAUGCAGAAGAUCAGUUGGAGAAUGCAAUGAAGCCCCCUGGUGGACAGGAUGGGUACCUGCGACACCUCCACAACGGUGUGAGUGAGGACUCCAGCAGUGAGACAAGUGGCUACUCAGAAAGCAGUAACAACACCAUAGGCUCGUGUUCUAGUAAAGCUCCUUUAGUGACAGUGGCAUACUUAAGCCCGCUGGUGCUGCGGAAGGAGCUGGAAAGUCUGCUCGAGAACGAGGGGGAGGCGGUGCUCUCCCAGCCCCAGCUCCUGGAUAACCACUCCAUCAUCUUCUGGAACCUGGUGUGGUACUUCACCCGCCUGGGACUGCCCAGCAACCUGCUGCAGCUUAUCCACACCUCCCAGCUGGCCUCCCAGUUCACACAGAGUGUGGAGAACUGUGCAGUGAGAGUGAGGCUUAUGUGGGACACGUUGACACCUGACACAGACCACUGGCCCCCCCUCUAUGUCCUCUGGAGAAUACACAGUGGUGUCUCCAUGCGAAACCACAGCUGGCGGAGGCAUAAUCACCCCUUUACCAUCGACUUCCUGGAGGAAGUGCUGCGUUGGGUUGGCAUGAAUGAGGUACACAAAGCUGUCACAUUCUUCCUGGAUACUGUCGCCAAGCAACCCGGCACCCCCAAAAUACAAAGGAGUUUGUAUCGAGAAAUUCUAUUUCUUACCCUGGCUGCUAUGGGCAAAGAUCAUGUUGCUGCCUUUGAUAAGAAAUACAAGGCAGCCUACUCCAGACUGAGUGGCACACUGGGUAGAGAAGAGCUGCGUAAGAAACGCGUCCAGCCUCCCAGCCCUAAAGCCGUGGACUGCCGCCGCUGUUUUCUGCUGCCGCUGGAGUGCUGAUGCAUCUGUGGGCACAGA